GAAUGGAUUACAACGUCAACGGGCAAGCUUGUGGUGCCUAGUACGACACUACGAUAUCGGUUGGAGAAUGAAGCCGCAUGCCUCGAAUACCUAGCUGGUACUUGUAUUCCUGUGCCAGCUCUAAGAGGCGUCUUUCAAGAUGAUGGCGCGGUCUACCUUAUGACUCCAUACAUUGACGGUAUCCCCAUGUCUGAGCUAGAUCCUGUCGACAAAGAAGUGGUGAUGAAGGAGCUAGAACAACACAUCGCUACUCUACGGUCAUUGCGAUCCAAGACACCCGGUAUUCCGGGAACAUCAAUUAUCUGCCCUCAUUACCGCCUCUUUAGAGGAUGGAAACCUCUAAGUGUUUGGAAAUGGAAACCUAAACCGGAUAUAGAAGAGUACGUCUUUUGUCACAACGACGUCGGGCAACACAAUGUCCUCGUUGAUACGAAGAGUCUAAAAAUCAAGGCAAUAAUCGACUGGGAGUUUUCGGGAUUCUUUCCGCGUUGGUUUGAGGCAGCUUUGUGGAAGCAAACCGGGUCUGCU